GAGCACCCCUUCGCGCGCCGCGAGCUGGCCGGGGCCCUGGACUGGCGCGGGCGCACGCCGCUGCACGUGGCCGCGGCGGCGGGGCACGCGGAGGCCUGCCAGCUGCUGCUGGACCACCCCCUGUUCCGAGGCGGGCACCUCCGCGAGCAGGACGGCAUGACAGCGCUGCACUGCGCGGCCCUGCACGGCCGGGCGGGCGCCUGCAGGGCGCUGCUGGGGCACCCGCGCUGCCCGCGCGACCUCUGGCGCGCGGUGGACCACUUCGGCCGCUCGGCCAGGUGCCUGGCGCCGGGCGGCGCCUGCGACCGCGCCUUCGUGGAGGCGCUGGGCCCGACGGCGCCGCCGGCGGCCGAGGGCGCCGCCCGCGGCCUGGACGCCAUCGCCGAGGAGGCGCGGCGCCUGGCGGAGCUCGCCGGAGCCCUGGAGGCUGCCGCCGCACGG